CAUAUAUAUAUAUAUAUAUAUAUGAUCUAUUGAUAAAUAAGACUAUGCAUAACUCAUAAUAUAAUCAUGCCAGUAUUUAAUAUUUAUGACACUAUCAAUAUCAAUACCAAUACCAAUUCUAAUACUAAUACCAAAAUCAAUAUCAAUCGAAUACAUUCCCCAAAUGACUUACCAUACGUAGAUCAAAUAAGCUUUCGAUCUAUGCAAACAUUUCAAGAUACACCUACAUUGGUACGGAGAGAUUCAAGUUCAGACACUCCAACUUCAACUACAUCUCAAAAUUAUGCUACUGAUUCAAAAGGUUGUCUCGUUUGUCCAACCGAUCAUGCUCCUUGUCCUGCUUGUACAGGUAAUACAGAAUGUCAAUUACGUACUCAAACUUGUACUCAAUGUGCUGAAUACUUUUGUGCUCCUAUUGAUAGUACAAGUGGAAAGUCACUUCCAAUAGGGGGCAUCAUUGGUGGUGUUAUAGCGUUUGUCGUUGUAGCUGCUUUAGCUGCUGGGUUUUAUUAUUAUUUUUAUGUAUAUAGGAAAAAGCAUCCAGUAAUGCUUGAUGAUGAAGAUUCUCUCGGAGAUGAUGAAGAUGAAGAUGAAGAUGAUGAUGUACGUUUGCGUGACCUUCAUAGUUAUGCUAGUGAUGGUCGUUCAAUACAUACUGGUGAUGAAGAACUUGAUGAUGAGAAUAGUGACUACAAUAUCAGUAAAGCAAGUAGCAGUCCAAAGACAAGUCAUAGUAAUCAUGCAAAUCCUUUAAACAAUGGUAAUGUUUCCAGUAAUCCAGCACUUGCUGGAUUAGAAAGACCAAAUGCAAAACGUCUGACUUCAAGCUCACAAGUUAAUAGAAGAAGAUUAUCAUCUUAUGAAUCAUUUACAAAACCUCAAUAUAGAAGAGGAGCUGGAGGAGCAGGAAACAAAACCAAUAAACAAUCUCAAGCUGCUCAAAGGCGUGCUAGACAAAAAAAGAUAAUUCAAGAAGCCAAUGCUCAGCAACAGCAUCAACAACAGCUAGCACUUCAACAAAGAAUGGCUGCUGCUGCUGCUUCAGGUCAAACACUUUCUUCAGAUGAUCAAUUAGCUCUUCAAGAAUAUUCUAGAUUUGAUCCCUCUCAUCAUAAUACAGUGUAUUUUGAUGGCAAUUCAACAAAUAGAAAUUCCGUGGCAACCUCAUUUUCUACUACAAAUGCAUCAAAUAUAUUACCUAUUGCUUAUAUUCCUGGAGUAACUGUUCGUCCAACGGCUAAUAAUACUAGAUCUAUUUAUUCAUAUGAUUCAGAGUCGUUAUUCUCCGAUUUGAAUACGAUUGAAAAUGCAUCCAUUGUUGGUGAUGUGACUAGAGGUAAUUAUGAUCUGAGCACCACAUUAGCAUCGACUGCAGAAUCAAGUGAAGAUGAAAAGAAUAGUGAUAAUAAAGACGAUUCAAAUGUUAAUGAUACCAUGACGGCUAUUAAAGCACAACCUAGAUUAGUUAAUGUUGAAAGAAUUGAAGAAGAGGAUGAAGAUGAAGAAGAAGUCAGUGAUGAUGAAGUGGACGAUAAUAUGAACGAGGGAACAUUCAGAAAUGAUUCAACUAUGGGAAGCUACAAGAAACAAGAUUUGAACAGUUCUUCAACAUCUAAUCUUAACACUUCUACAUUAACCAAUUUUGUAAUCGAAGAUCCUGAUGAAGAUGAAGAUUCUGAUGUUGAUUCUGAUAUUGGUGAAAUUAAUCGAGCUACAAGUGUAAGGAAAAAGAAAAGAAAUAGUGGAGCUAAUUCUAAUACGGCAUCUAAUUCAAAUUCAAAUUCCAAUACAAAUACAAAUACUGCGAUAAACGGUAAUUAUCUUCCUGAUAGAGAAAUAUUGUUAGAUAUAGCAUCAAGAGGAUCAACAUUGGGAUCUCAAUUUCAACCACCAAAUCUUCACAAUACAGGAACAUCCAGCACUAAUGGAUCCCUUCAUAGAAUUGAUACUGCGUCUAAUAAUGGAUCAUUUGUUCUCGAUGUAGAAUUUGAUGGCGGUAUAGCUAGACCGGGAUCGGAUGAUAGUGGUGAAAAGAGUCCGUUUGAAGAUCCAGAAUGAAUGGUAUUAUGAUAACUCUAUUUGUAUAUGGUCAUUAUAGUAAUAAAAAUUUAUUUAUAUAUAUUUAUUUAUUUCAGUAAUUGCAAAAAUAAAUAUUGCAAGCACUUUACAUUGAUAAAUUGCAUUCAUACUACCUGUUUAGGCACAUUUUUACUAUUGCUACAUGAUGCAUACUAUAAAUUUAAUCUUUAAUUGUAUGGAUUGCAUUGUGGUACAAGAUCUUAAUCAUCACGGAAGGAAUUAACUAGUUGUAUUACCUAAAGCGCAAUGACCUUCUUAUGGCCCUAAAUAUACCACAAAAUCCAAACACCUCUAACGGAACAAUUUUACCGAAGCAACUAGGAAUUUCGGGUUACCCUUUUUUUUUGGGUGAGUAACCAGUGUGUUGGGUUAAUACUAUAGAGAUACAUC